GCGAAAGGCCGACGACCCGACCUUGGAAAGCUGGAGAAAAUGUUGAACUAGCCGACUCCUUUACACAGUGCAACUGAAGUUCGUCAAUUUCUAGGAGUUGUGGGUUAUUGGUGGAUUUUCAUACGUGGAUAUGCGAAAAAAGCAGAGCCUCUGCGCACUCUUCUUAGGAAGACCGAGAAGUUCUAUGGGGAUUCUUCUCAAGAGCUUGCAGUGCAAUCCCUCAAAGAAGAAUUUACGGAUGCUUGUCAUGUCUAAAGAAGGCGGCCGAAUUCAAGGUGUGUCAUUCUUUGAGGACGAGACAGACAGACCGUUCGUAGUGUUUACGGAUGUUGGGCCGUGUUCGGUUGGGGGAUUGCUUUCUCAAAAGGAUGCAGAAGGCAAAGAAAGGCCAUUGAGGUUCGAGAGCCGAACGCUUAACACUCCAGAACGUAACUACAGUCAGUUUAAGAAGGAAGUGUUGGUUGUUCUACGGUGCUUAGAUACCUUUAAGCAUUACAUAUACGACAGACGAUUCGUUCUCAGGGUAAACCCCACAGCUGUAGCAUCAGUCCUACAGAAGGAUUUCAGUUUGACGGAUCCUACAAUUGCACGAUGGUUGAUCAGGAUUCGACUUUAUGACUCUAAUGUAGAGAGGAUCUCAGGGACUAAGAACGCUGUAGCCGACGGACUUUCACGAAUUCCCAUUGAGGCGAAGCGACCGAUAUCGGUUGCUGCACUAACUAUGGUCGAGCCUAGACGAACGGAUCAUUUCCUAGUCAACCUCUAUGAAGGUAAGUACCGCACUAUAGGGCUGCAUCUGUCGGGGGAGGAGAGCCCCGAUUCGGAGAUUCGGAGACAGGCAGCGCAAUAUUGCCUUAGAGCUAGGCAUUUGUUCCGACGACCUGUGGGGGCAGGAAUGCCUCUUCGGGUGAUUUGUGACCCAGAGGAGAAACAGUCCAUAGUAGCCAAGUUACAUGACGGAGUAGUCGGAGGACACGAGAAGGUCGACAGACCAUAUUGGUGGGAAGGACAAUACAAGGACGUUGAAAAGUAUUGCGAAACUUGUGAGGACUGCCAGAAGAGAUCCCUUAUCAGAUAUAAGGAGCCACUUCAUCCUUCUUAUCCCACUAGACCAGGAGAGAAAGUACACAUUGAUCUGGUGAAGAUGCUGAAAGGCGUAGGGAAUAUGAACUAUGUAGUGAACAUCAGGGAUGAUUUGACUGGAUUUGUCGAUGGCAAGCCCAUUAGAAUAAAGGCCGCGAGAGAAGUCAAGAACUUCGUCCUGGAGUAUCUGUCUAGACAUGGGUGUGUCAGUAAAAUUGUGAUGGAUAGAGGAGCGGAGUUCCUAGUAGUUGAGGUACAGAGUGUGUUCAAGAAAGCAGGAGCUAGAGUGUCUAUAGCUAUUGCCUAUCACCCGCAGCCAAAUGCGCCUGUGGAGCGGGGCCACCAGUCAUUGAUAGCAUCGCUAUCGAAGUGGUGUAGAGGGAAGGAUAGCGACUGACCGAAGUAUUUCAGGUAUGCAAUAUGGGCUGACAAUGUCACUGUCUGAGCCAACACUGGGUACCCCCCUUACACGCUUUGGUUUGGGAGUCACUGUCCUCUUGCCUAUAAAAUUCCACGUCGAUAGUUGGACUACGGUUAAUUGGGCGGAUAGUAUGACACGGGAGGAGCUCCUAACCACUAGGACGAGACAGAUAGCAUACGGAUUGGAGGAUAACCUCAUGACUGCAGCUAAUCGACAGGCGGUCGAAAGAGAAAAAAGUAAAGCAAGAUGGGACAA